GAGCAGCCCAGCCAAGCAUGAAUUUUGGUGACGUGAGCGAGACGAGCAGGGUGUGAGAGCCGCAAUGGCGCCGUUCGCUGCUGCAUUUGCACAGACGGGAAGAACUCGCCGUGCCGCGCCGUGAUGUGCCGCCCAAUUUCUGUGCCGCACAGGACUGCUGCUGCAUCUGCUGCCUCUUCUUCUUCGUCUUCGUCUUCUUCUUCUUCAUCAGCAUUACACUUCUCGUCCGUUGCCACUCCAGGCCUCCCCGCGUUCGCUCCCCCAGCCCCCGCUUUCCCCCUUUGUGUGCCUGGCCUCUCCCGUCACCACCCGCCGCCUGGCUUUCCCUCCCUUCUCCUCCUCGCUUCCCUAGCCACCAUGUCCAAGCUCUUCUGCGCCUUCACAGACAAGAGGCUCCACUCCCUUGCGAUGGCGCGGUCUCGGUCGUAAUUAAUCGAUGUGGUGGUUGGGCUCGGAAUUUUGGGCUGGUGGUGAUUUUUGGGGUGAGGAAGAGGUCGGUGGAGGUCACCCGGAGUUUCAUCGAGGUGUUCCAAGCGAGCGUUACGAGAGGUGAUCUUGUAUCCGAUGAUGAUCAGAAGUACGGGAAGGGAGUACAAACAGCUUUGAGAAUCUUUUAGAAAAUUAUUGGGCCUUUGAAGCUUUGGAAGGAUGGAGCAAGACGACGAGGAGUUCGAGCAACUGCUGCAUGAAAUUCCCCAAGCCACUUCGCCAGAUACGCCGAAUGAGGUCCCCCGAGCUACCUCUGCUCCACCUCAUUUGGAAGAGCUGCAGCGUAUGUAUGAGCAUAAUGUUGAUGCACAUAAUUUUGGGUUGCGGCCGGAUGAGCUACCCGUGAAACCCUUCAUUGACAUUCGAUGUGACGAACAAUACGAAGAUUUCUACAAGUCGUACUCUGGGGCUAAAAAACUGCCCCCACCAAUGGACAAUCGAGCCUUGUAUAACGACCUUCCUGUUCUUUCCCCGAAGGCCAGUCAGCUCUCUUACAGUCUCGCUGGACUUCAACUUGACAGCCCUCGCACUAGACAUCGAAAGCAUCGACAGCUUGAGGCGCAGCAGAAGCAGGUUCAACAGCAGCAGCAGAUGUUUCAACAACAGCGUGAACCCUCCCCUAAUCGUCAUUCUGCUGCGGCUCAUCACUUCCCUAAUUCACCUUCAAAUCAGAUGUUUGGCGAACCGAAGAUGACGUCCGCCUUUGGUAACUUGAAUUUCGAUGGUAACAUCAGUAGGGGAUUGCAAUCAAUUCCUGAUGACACAGGAGACAGUUUGUCCCUGAGUCAUGGUGCGAAUGCUGGGCUAAAUGGAGGGAACAUGGCAAAAACUGGUCAAGGUUCUGUAGAGUCCAAUGGUAUUUAUGGAAAGAUGGAUGCCUUUGGUGUAGGAUCGGGGGGUUACGGUGCAGGAUCCGGAACUUCGUUGGAGACAUUUACCUCUAGGUCACCCCCUCCAAUGGACCUGUUUCCGAGAACUUCGUCUGCAAUUGAUGCACUUGGUAACGGCCUGUACAAUGGCAUGGGAGAUUUUUCGCAGGUCUCCUCUCAAGCCGUCGAGAAGUUAUUGAGGCAGGGUUCACCAGGGUUGAAUAGUUAUACAGCUGCGAGAGGUGGGGAGGCUUAUGGAUCUGCUGUUGCAUCUCCCUACGAGCAGCAGCAGCAACAACAACAACAACAACAGCAGCAACAGCAGCAAUCAGAAGUCUUAGAAGCUGUACAUGCGGCAACACGUGUCCAAGCUGCCUCUGCACCUGUUACGGACUUCUACUCACCUUCAUCCCAGCAGCAAAUUUUGUACGACAAGGAUUUUUCCUCUAUAUACGAGGCUCAGCGUCUCCAGGCACAAAUGGCGGCUAUUAGGUAUGCACAAGCUCAAGCGCAAAUGGAGGCGCAGAUGGAAGAUGAGAAGAGGAAGCAACAGCAGCGUCUGAUGAUCCAACAGCACCAACAACAGUUAGUUGAUCGCCAGAAUCAGAUUCUUUUGGCUAGUCUGCAAGCCCAGCAGACUACGUAUGGUAGGGGGGGUAUUGCCCCCACAAUGAGCUCUAUGCAUAAUCAAGUUGCUUUACAGAAGUUGCGUCAGCAGCAAAUGUUAGAGGGUCUUUGGGCCACCCAGGGGUUGGUGCCAACAGCAAGUUCUCGUACCACUCCUGCCACCAGCACAUGCAGGUAUUAUAAUCAGGGUUACUGUAGCCGCGGUGAUAUUUGUCCAUUUCUACAUGACCCAUCCGGAGGUAGUAAUAGAGUAUGUCAUACAGUUCCUGCAUCCCUGAAAGAGGCUGCUCGAAGUGGGCAGUCUACGACUGUGUCUCGGGAUGAACGACUGCCUGCAUAUCCAGAGAAAAUACUUCAAAGGCGAAGUCCGCGUGCGAGUAAUGGAGGGUCUUCUUCGGCAUCUAUUUCCACUGUGUUUUGUAGGAAAGGAGAUGUAUUGACUAAUGGGCAUGCGAAUGGUUACAGCAAUGGUCACAUUGUCAUGGGUGGUACAGCCCACAUGCCCUCACCAUAUAUAGCAGACCCGCAGACUCAUCGGGCUAUUCAGGAAAACGUAGAAUUCGAUUCUGGACUAUCGGUGGCCCAUCAUUUGCAACAGCAACAACCGAAGUAUACUAAGCUCGAAGAGGUUGAGGGCCGUAUCUAUCUGAUUGCAAAGGAUCAGCACGGUUGUAGGUUUUUGCAGAAGAAGUUCGAUGAGGGUGGGCAUGAAGAUGUGCAGAAAAUAUUCCAUGAGAUAAUUGGCCACAUUACAGAGCUGAUGAAAGAUCCAUUCGGAAACUACCUGGUACAGAAGUUACUAGAAGUAUGCGACGAGUCCCAGCGAAUGGAAAUCUUACGAGUUGUGACCAUGGAUGGAGAGCUGGUCAAGAUAUCCUUGAACAUGCACGGGACUCGAGCUGUGCAGAAGCUCAUCGAGACAUUGAAGUCUCCUGAGCAGGUGACUAUGGUUAUUACGGCCCUGACUGAAGGGGUCGUUGAGCUGAUCAAGGAUUUGAACGGCAAUCACGUGGUGCAGAGAUGCUUGCAAAAACUCUGUCACGAAGAUAGCCAGUUCAUCUUUGAUGCGGCUGCUGCACAUUGCGUGGAGAUCGCUACGCACCGUCAUGGGUGCUGUGUUAUGCAGCGAUGCGUAGAUUUUGCUUCUGCUCCUCAGAAACAACGACUUGUUGCAGUUAUUGCUGCAAAUGCUCUGGCCUUAUCACAAGAUCCAUAUGGAAACUAUGUUGUUCAGUACAUCCUUGACCUGAAACAAGGAUGGGCAACUUCAGAGGUGAUGGUUAGGCUAGAAGGCAGCUAUGCCUUUUUGGCUAUGCAAAAAUUUUCUAGUAAUGUGGUUGAGAAGUGUCUUAAAUUGGGUAUGGAGGAGAAUCGUGGUCGCCUGGUGCGGGAGCUGACAGCUAGUUCUCGUCUAGGCCAGUUGCUUCAGGAUCAGUAUGCCAAUUACGUCAUUCAGUCCGCUCUUUCAGUGUGCAAGGGGCCUCUGCAUGCUGGGUUGGUGGAUGCCAUACGACCUUAUUUGCCAGCUCUUCGCAACAGUCCUUAUGGCAAGCGGAUAUUAUCACGCACUAACAUCAAAAAGUGAUCAGCCAGCAUUGCUUGGAGGCUCAGUGGUUACUUUCUGUACACUUCAAUCCCUUUGAGCCUUGUUAAGGAGUAAAUCUGCUUAGUGGAAUAAAGACACUGAGCAAGGUUUAUUUUGUGUACGAACCAUAAUCUGUCUUUAUUAGUAGCUCUGAUUUUGAUGCACACGCAGGAGAUAUAUAUUUGAUAUUGCAUCAUGCGUGCAGUUAUCAACCAUUUAGUAUCUUUAUGACGGAUGUACAAAAAGUACGGCGGUCAAUGGUAGCAGGGUAAAGUUUUGGAAGGGGCUCUACUGUCUAGCGAACUGUAUUUUGGGUGAGGAGGAGCAGCUAUUGGUCUUGUACAACAGAGCCCUGCAAACAAAAUUAUGGUGCUGGCUACCGCAGUCAUGCAGUUGGUUUCAGAGUAGUGAGUGUGUCAAUCGACUCCAGAGAAGCUGUUGCAGGAUCGCUAUCCCCAUUCAGUUGAAGGGUAGAGGGUAUGUAUGAGUAAUAAGAGGGCACCCAAGGUGUGGGAGAGCAACUAUAGCCAGGUUGUAUCAAAUGCCAAUUUUCUGCUGGCCGUGGUGGAGGAAAAGGAUGUAUUUUUUUCUGGUGAUAGGCAUUGUGCCGGAGGUAUAUGUAUCUUACGUGUGCCGCUCUGCACUGUUGUACCGUAGACACACACUUUGUAACUGUUUCACAUUCAAUACAACAUUGCUAUUAUCUAGCGCAUUAUGUCUUCGAGGUUUA